UCAUAGGGCAAUAUAUGCAGUACAUAGGUAGGAUGGGUAGGCAGCAACACUAAGGUAGGUGGGAAGCUGGAAUGACCCGAAAGCCACGCCGAGGGAGCAUAUUCUUGGCUCAGGGCAAGCCAAGCAUCUCGAGUGGUGCCCUGUCAAAGUUGACCAACAGACCGACGGAUGCAAAGGGCAAAGGGCAAAGGGCAAAGGUGAAAGGUGCCUGGAGAGCAACUCACCGAAUGACGUCAAAAGCCAACUCGAAAUCCGGGGAACUACAUACGACGUCUGGAAAGUCCGAGUCGAUGGGAAGCUCCAAGUGCUUUCCCCAGGUUGAGCGCUUGGCUAUAAUGUGCGAAGAAUCAAGUCGUGGGAGAACAUUAAGCGGCGAUGUUGGUGUUUCGGUAGGGAUGUGAUUAUCGUAAAGUUGUUCGCCAAGAAACAAGGUAAAAAGGGCAAAAGGGCAGAAGAAGAGAAGGGAGAAAGGGAGAAGAAUCCAGGGUCCCUUGGGUAGGUACGUAACGUAAGGUACCUAAGGUAGUUGAGACUUUUGACUUUUGCUCGUGUAACGGUGAGCACCAAGGUAAGACUUCCGGAAGCUGCGAGGCAAGACGUUGCUUCAAGGUCCUGUUUAUGAGAAUC